AUGAAGAAAACAAAAGAGGAUGAAGUGAGAAAGGAGAAGAUAUUCUCCAAGAUGAACGCAGGAGCAGCAGUAGGUGAAGGAGGAAAGGCCGCUCCCCCCAAAUUCAAGCAGAAGGGGGCCAGGCAGUUCAAGAGCAAGGCUCCUAAAGCCGGACAGAAGGGGUUUGACAACGACGUCCCAGGGAUGGAGGGUCUUGGAGACUCUGCGGUGGUUUGCCCCUGGGAGGCGUUUGGUGACAUGGAGCUGAGCGACCUGGCUCAGUUUGGCAUCGUCUAG